UGUAGGUGUAUACCUUCAACGGUUUACCACAUGUUGCGCUUAGGUGCGUGGAGCGCAAGUCCGCCGCCAGGAGCCCGGGCCAUCAGGAUAGAGAGAAUUUCUCCCCCCGGCUCGGUCAGUUACGCGAGUACCAGCAAACGUUCCGCGCGUAUUCCCGUCUGUGUGUAACGGAGGGGGAGAUUAUGUCGCGAUAAAAAAGAGAGAAAGAACACCUCUCGAAAGAUCCGCGAGUAUAACACACACGUAUCCUCGAACGUGAAUUCAAGUGAGAAUAAUUGAGAGAGUGAGAAUUAUCGAGAAGGAGACGAGGAUACGAGAAAUAGGUGUCACAGUGUUCCCGAUGCGAUGCCUAAUAUGUCCUACCAUUAGGUAGAACUUUUUUUUUCCUCGAUAAGAUUCGAGCGCGUGACAGCGCGGCGGGGUGGCCCCAAUGCCGGUCAGGAAGGGCCUCCUCGCCCCACAAAAUACUUUCUUAGAUACUAUCGCUACUCGCUUCGAUGGAACCCACAGCAAUUUUGUGCUGGGAAAUGCGCAGGUUCCGUCCCUCUAUCCGAUCGUUUAUUGCUCGGACGGUUUCUGCGAGCUGACAGGAUUCGCGCGAGCGCAAAUCAUGCAAAAGGGUUGCGCUUGCAAAUUCCUCUAUGGCCCGGAAACGAAAGAGGAGGAAAGGGCGAUGAUCGACAAGAGCCUCGAGAGCAAAACGGAGUUGAAGAUGGAAGUGGUGUUCUACAAAAAGAACGGAAGCCCGUUCGACUGUUUGCUCGACAUUGUCCCGAUCAAGAACGAGAAGGGCGACGUCGUCCUCUUCCUGGCCUCGCACAAGGACAUCACCCACACGAAGAACCUUCAGCUGUGUGAGUUGCAAGAUAGUGACGCAAAAGGUGGCCUCGAUCCGGAAGCACCGCCGGCUAAUUACGGCAGGAGAAGGAGUCGGGCCGUCCUUUAUCAAUUGUCGGGCCAUUACAAACAGGACAAUAAGCACAAAAUUAAAUUGAAUAACAAUCUUCUUCAUUCCACCGCGCCACCGUUGCCCGAGUAUAAAACGACGGGGAUAAAAAAAUCUCAAUUCAUUUUGAGCCACUACGGCGGGUUCAAGUCUUGCUGGGAUUGGUUGAUACUCCUCGCGACGUUUUACGUGGCGAUCGUCGUCCCUUUUAACGCGAGCUUCAUCAACAUCGAUAGGCCGACGAUGGUCAGUGACGUUGUCGUCGAAGCACUGUUCAUAACCGAUAUCGUUCUGAACUUUAGGACGACCUAUGUGAGCAGAAAGGGUGAAGUGGUCAGCAACAGCAAAAGCAUCGCUGUCAACUAUCUAAAGGGAUGGUUUUUUGUCGAUCUUGUCGCGGCCUUGCCCUUUGAUUUUCUCUACGCGUCCGACGUUUACAGCGGCGAGGAAUCGGGGCACGGUAACAUUCAUUUGGUGAAAUUAACGAGAUUACUGAGGCUGGCCCGAUUGCUUCAAAAGAUGGACAGAUACUCGCAGUACAGCGCAGUGAUUCUGACCAUGUUGAUGCUGUUCUUCAUCCUGGUGGCGCAUUGGUUGGCCUGUAUCUGGUUCGUUAUCGCCGAGAAAGAGAGAUUGAGAAACGACAACGAUUGGGACCUCGGUUGGAUUCACACGUUGGCGGAAAAAUUGAAGAUUUCGGUGGAGAACGUAACCCACGCGGAAAGUUACAUCACUGCGUUGUAUUUCACUUGCAGUAGCCUGACAUCGGUAGGAUUUGGAAAUGUGUCUGCCAACACAUUCUCCGAGAAGUUCUUCUCAAUUUGCACGAUGCUGAUUGGUGCUCUGAUGCAUGCCGUGGUCUUUGGUAACGUGACUGCAAUUAUUCAAAGAAUUUACUCUAGAAGAUCUCUAUACCAAACAAAAUUGCGGGAUCUCAAGGAUUUUUUCGUAUUGCAUCAGAUCCCCGAAGAACUGAAACAACGUAUGCAAGACUAUUUCCAAACUAUGUGGUCCUUGAACCAUGGUAUAGAUAUACACGAGACCCUGAAACAAUUUCCAGAGGAGCUGCGAGGAGAUGUUUCGAUGCACUUACAUCGCGAGAUAUUAAAUUUACCUAUAUUCGAGCCCGCUUCCCAGGGCUGUCUCAAAUUACUAUCUCUCCGAAUUAAAAAUAAUUUUUGCGCCCCCGGCGAGUUUUUAGUUCACAAGGGGGACGCGCUCUCUUACAUAUAUUACUUGUGCAACGGUUCCAUGGAAGUUGUGCAAAAUAACAUGGUCGUUGCGAUCUUAGGCAAAGGUGAUCUGGUAGGCUGUGACAUAAACGUCCACCUGCAGCACACGAGUAACGGUGGCGGGGCGGGUGGAGGAGGUGCCGCGGAUGUCGUAGUCAAAUCGAGUUGCGACGUUAAAGCGUUAACCUACUGCGAUUUAAAGUGCAUAAAUAUGCACGGAUUAGUCGAGGUGCUUCGUUUGUAUCCCGAGUACCAGCACCAGUUUGCAAAUGAUAUACAACACGAUCUCACUUACAAUUUACGGGAGGGAUACGAGGCCGAGCAAGAAUCGGAUAUGAACGGGCCGUCGUUAACGUUGCCCUCCAUUAGCGAAGACGACGAAAACGUGCCUGACGAGGGGGAGACAUCGCCUCUGUCACCGCCGAACAAAUCGCCUUUACACACGUCUUCGAGCCCGAGACACGCCAAGUUCAGAGACGAGUAUCGAGAGGCAAGAAGGCCGACAAGGGGGGUUUUAGUGAGAGGGAGGACGGCUCAAGUAAUCGCUCAAGAAUCGAUGGAAGAACACAUCCGAGGGUCCGUGGAACGACUGGACACCCAAUUUUCCACGUUGCAUCAAGACGUUGCCACGUUGAGUUGCGAGGUGAGAAAUGCCAUACAAGCUCUACAAAUAUUAGCGUGUUCGCCUCAAAGUAAUCCGAAUUUACCAACCCCCGCGAGUCGUGGGAGUGGAGUUUUGGCGAGAAGCUCGUCCCAUCCGCCGGAUGCUAUAUGCUGGGAUCCACCAAGGAGAAUGUUAGACGCGUCCACGCAAACCGAGUGGCCCGUAGACUUGUUCGAAUCCUGGGUUCGAGCGAAUUCUCAAACAGUUCUAAGAAUCCUCGAACUCGAUCCGGAUCUUCUUUCGAGGCAACCACACUCCCCGACACCGUCGCCAUCUUCUCCCCCACCACCUCCGUACGAGCCCUUGUCACCUGUUGUUGGAACACCGCCGCGAUCGCUGUCCCCUGCACAAGGAAACGAGUUCGUUUUUGGCAAUAAUCGGGGGGAACAACAACAACAACACAUUCCUCGCUCGUAUAAACCGACAAACUCUACGUGGGAUCCCGAGAAUAAAUUAUUGCACAGAUUUAGCGCCGGUGAUGCCGACAACGCAUCCCUAUAUCAGGCAUUUAGCAAUUUGCGCCGACUUCCUGAAUCACGAUCGUUAAAAUUCGAUCCGUUUGAUAGCUGAACGUUUCCAGAAACAUAUCAGGGUUACAAGCCUUAGAAGAACGCAAACUGAAAGAUAAAAUACCGAGAAUACUUGUAGAAACGGAAACAAAAGACAAAAAAAAAAAAAGCAUAACAUAAGAUAGGGCAACGAGGAACCAAAACCACUCGUUUUUUAAGUGUUCAAGAUACAUUCAUGUUUUAUCACUUGUACUUCAAUCCUAUAUAAAAUCUUUCUACAAAAUGUAUAUUUCACUUUUUACAAACACGAGAUUUUGAAUUCGAUCGAUUAGUUAGGAACGAAUCGAUCGAAAUUCUCUUCGUUGCGUUGAAACGUAUUCUACGUAUUGUCGAAUGAAAUUCUAUCGAUAUAAAUAUUUUUUACGAAACGCGAAACAUGUCCAAAAAGAAGAAGAAGAAGAAGAAAAAAAAAGAAACGAAAAUAUGAUAUAAACUAUAUCCUUGCUCAUUUUAAAUAUUAAUAUUUGUUUAGAGAUUCGACACCUCGUCUGAUCCGAAUUUCUUAGAAUGGAACACGUGUACAAUCAUAAAUUUUAAUCUAAAAAAGUAAAUCGUAUGCGAAGUGAAUUGUUCAUAGAUUUUUCACAAAUGUAAUUUAUUUUCGAAUAAUCGAAAUCGAAGACACUUUAUCUGAAAGAUAUUUUUUACUCGUCUCUUAUAUCGUGAAUAUUUAAAAUCCGGAUAACGAUGCAAUUUGUAUCGAUUGUAUCUAUCUCUUCCUCGGAAAACUUUUUGCUUAUGUCAUUCCAUACGCAUACGUGUUGCUGUGAUUGAUUAAAUCUAGUUAGCGAAACUACAUCGUUUAUUUAAAAAUGUACUCUUGCGGUAAUUUUGCUGAAAAAUCGGCAAAAUAUAUUAUUUAGGAGCAUUCGUACUAUUUUCAAAUAUAAAGAACAACAAAUUCAAACGUUUAAGGGAAUUAUUGCGAAGUCUUGUUUUCAAAUCGAAAGACUUUAAAAUUAUCGGUGAAAAAAAAGUUUUAAACUUUAGCGUAGCAAUAAUGUGCACAACAAAUUUUAAUGUAUCCGCCAACGUCCAAAUUAGACGAUAGUUAUUGUAAAGUACGUAGCUAUAACUCGAGCAUCUAUCACAUUGAGAAACAAUGUUUAUUUCGAGACACAUAUUUCAAGAUAUAAUACAUUAAAUCAAUGGUAUUAAUUAAUUAAUUUAAAAUUAAUGUAUUAUAUGAGACUACUACGCGCGGGAUAUAUCCAAUUGUAAGUAUUUCUUGAACAAAUUCAAUGUAAAUAGUGUAUCACUAUUAUGAAUACGUAUGUGAUAAGGCACGGCUUUGGCCAUGCACGACAAUUGUAUUCGUUCAUCUUUUGUUGCCAUUUGUGAAACGAUAAAAAAAAAAUUAUUUAUAUAUCUGUGACGUUAAAUAUUUAUGAUUCGAUAUAUAAAAUUUUAUUUCAAACGAGCAAUUCAAUAUGAUUAAUCGUUUGAAUUAUAUUUUUAUUUCUUCGACACACAAUAUUAAUAUUUUUUUUAAAUAAUCAUUGGGAUUUAUUUUUCAUAUUUGUAAAAAGAAUGUUUGUAUUUAUUAUGACAUUAUUAUAUCACAAUUUCACAAAUGUCAAUGAAAACAGCUGUUUUAUAAAUAUUUCAUAUAUUUUGUUAUACUGUUUCUAUGCUCCUCACCUUAUAAUUCAAGCUAAACAUAUUGUAAUAUUAUCUAACCUAUUUCACGUAUUCUAAUACUUUUUACACUCUUCAAAAAACUACGAAAAAAACAUUUGUCAUUUUAACGAACAAAAAUGUCAGUAAGCACAAAAUACAAUUAUUUCUAAUAUAUGCAUAAUUUUAAGAGAGUUAUGUGAGAUUGAGGAAUAUGAAGAAAAAAAUGUUCAAAAUUGUGUGUGAUUACAAUUCGAUAUCAUAUAAUUUGACUAUUAGAAUUCAAAACGAAAAAGAAAAACAAAAUCAUUGUUCGUAAGAUUAGAUACAAUAUAAACUUAUGCAUAUGUGCAUACAUAUAUGCGUACAAGUAUACGUACAAACGUAUGCAUGUACCUACAUUUAUCUUGAUAUAAACUUGGCUAAAUAAGUUAAUGCCAAAAUACAAAAAAAUAUCAUAUAAAAAAUAUUAUCGAAAACUUAGCUAAACCUAAUUAAAUUUUUUAUCGUAAAUUUUUAACCAAACUAGUACUUAGAAAACUUUAAAUCAACGGCCUUAAAAUAAAAAUUUAUUUUUCUCACUAUUUCUUGCAUAGGAGGAGGAUAACAAUCUAGAGAUCCGAUUUUUACGUAAUUAAAAAUGCCUAUACUUAUGAACUAGGUAUCAAAUUACAAAACACUUUAAAAUCGCAUUCCGAUUCAAUCGAAUUCAAAUAUAUAUCGAUCGAAUAAAAUAUUUUACAACAUUUUUACAUCUAAAUAGAUUUUCUUAACGAUAUUAAAUAUCGAAUUAUGUUACAUUAAUUGCAAAUAGAAAUAUUAUACAAACACAAUACGAAAAGAGACAUAGAAUUCUAAAAGUAACAGGUUAUGUUUAAAAUUAUAUUAUUCUUAAUUAAUGAAAUUUUGAAAUACCAAUGUUAGCAAAUAGUUUAAAAAAAUGUCUCUAUCAAAAAAAAAAAAAAACUAAAAUGCGCCUACCAUAUAUAAAAACUUUUCAUUAAUUAUCUACCGAAAAAGCUAUUAUUUUAAUGUGCAUAUUAUUCUUUUUAAUAUGUAGAAAAACAAAUAGCAAAAAGAAUCAACCUACUGAAAUCUUUCAGGUGUUUGUAAAUAUUGUUAUCUGCUUACUGUACUGUGCAUCGUACAAUUGGUAUCCUUUGUUCAUUCGUCUCAUUAUAAACGAAAAGAAAUAAAAAUACUUACAGAAA